UUCAGUAUCGCGCUGGACGUGAUCAGUGCAGGAUGUAUUCAAUCGCGUUCGUUCUUUUUUUCGUCGGCGCGUGUUAUUGUGAUGUCGAUUUCAGCGAGAGACCAAGGAAUUUUAGCAUUGAACUAUUGUACCACACGCAGACUCAGACUGAUGGGCACGUUGUGAUCUCGCCGUUUGGGAUAUGGACUUUGAUGACGGGAAUCGCUUUAGGAGCGUCCGGUAAUAGCUACAGGCAGCUGAGCAGAGCGUUUAUUUUGCCCAAAAAUCCGGCAACGCUGAUCGAAGGGUACAAAUCCCUGACGGACGUGGUGCUCGAUCAGACCGCGAACGGAGUAUCCCUGGUCAGUCGGAACUUUGUCUUCUUGGACAACGAUUUCACCUUGUUGCCGGCCUUCAGGACGACGCUCCAGAAGGAUUUCGGUGCUUCGAUUAAAGUGCUCGACUUCAGCGACCCGAAUUCGGCUCGAAUAGCCAACACCUACAUCGAAAAAUCCGGGGGACGCGUCUCGAACGUUCUGCGCUCUGACGACUUCCAAGAAUCAAGAUUGAUACUAACCAACGUGAUAUCCUUCAAAGGCCUUUGGGGAUUGCCGUUCAACAAAUCUGACACCGAACUGGAGCCCUUCUAUAAUGAAGACCGACUGGUAAUAGGCAGCGUAAACAUGAUGUACCAGAAGGGGCAGUUCCCGUUCUCAAACCUAAAGAAGCUUAAAGCCUUCGUACUGGAACUUCCUUACGGCACCGACGGAAAGUACUCGAUGCUGGUCAUACUCCCGCACCCGAGAACGAAGAUCGCAGACAUGUACAAGAACUUCGCAGAUGUCAAUCUCAAGGAUGUCUUCAAGCAGCUUCAGAAGGACGUAGACGAUUUCGGCUUGGAAGACGUCGACGUGAAACUACCAAGGUUCCAAAUCAGCACUAACGUCGUCCUAAAUAAGCCAUUAAACGAUAUGGGAGUGUACGACAUAUUCCAGCCAGACUUAGCCAACUUCCAGCGGAUCACAAAGGAGAAUAUAUUCGUGUCGGCCAUAGUGCAUAAAGCUGAUAUAGAGGUCACGGAAUCGGGAACAGUGGCCUCUGCGUCGACCGUGGCCACUCUUACCGAUAGGAUUUCGGCGCCCGCAUUCCACGCGAAUAGGCCCUUUGUUUACUUCGUAAUGGAGAAAACGACCACCACUGUGAUAUUUAGUGGUAUUUAUUCAAAACCGACUGUCUAUUGAUAUGUUUUUUUUUUUAAUUUUAAUAUCGCCCUAAGUACUAAGUCAUAAAGCUUAUAUUAGUUUUUUUUUUUUAAAUAAAUACUGAUCGAUUAAUUUUUUGUUAA